CCCAUCACAAGAUACAUAGUAUACAAAAUGCAAAUCACCAUCCUCCCCGCCUCCUCCAAAACCGCCCAAGCAACCAUCCGCUCCCUCCUCUCCACCCCCACCAACACCAACCUCCACAUCCGCGGCCUCUACCGCGAUCCCACCCGCGCCCCACCCGAGUUCACCUCCCACCCAGCCUUCCACGCCACCCACGGCGACAUCCGCGAUGCGAACACCCUAGAUUUGGCGGGCACAGACGCCCUCUUCGUCAUGACGCCCCCGCGCCAUGACGUAGAUGAUAUUUUCCAGUGGGCGAGGGAGGCGUCGGAGAAUACUAGGGCCGCUAUUGAAAGAAGUUCGGUGAGGAGGGUUGUGUUGUUGUCGAGUAUGGGGGCGGAAUUUGAGUCGGGGACGGGCGAAAUCCGAACCAACCACAUCGCAGAGGAAAUCCUACAAGAUGCAGCACCGGAAGUGGUCAUCGUGCGCGCAGCGUAUUUCAUGGAGAAUUGGGCGGGGGGAGUUAGUUCUGUCAAGGAUCAAGAGAACCCGUAUUUCGAGUCGGUUAUUACCCCGCUGGAGUAUGAGGUUCCUAUGGUCGCCAUCAAAGACAUCGGCUCAGCAUGCGCAGCUCACCUCCUCACCCCAACUCUCCCAGAAAGCCCAUACAUCUUUGAACUGCACGGCCCAAAACCAUAUAGUGUCCUCGACGUUCAGCGCGCAUUCAAAGACGCCACUGGCAAAGAUGUAGCCGUCCGUCCUGUGGAGAAGCAAGACCUCCCUGCGUUCUUUGGACAGUUUCUACCCCCCGCGCUGGUUGGACCGUUUGUGGAGAUGACGGUGGGGUUUCUUCCUGGGGGUGUGAUGGCUCAAGGUAAUCCUGAUGCGGAGAAGAGGGUGCAGAGGGGGAGGACGGGGUUGGGGGAUGUUAUUGGGGGGUUUUUUGAGGGUUCUGCUUGA